AUGAUUGAAGAUGAGGUAAAUAUUUUUGUGAAUGAAGCAAAUGCAAUGGGUGGGAAGGGAACAGUAAAUGACACACCACAGCCUCUGCAACAACCUUUCUUUCCAGGGGAGGGCUUGGUGGCCAUUGACAAUAGAACCCAUGAGGAGGAUGAAAUAGUAUUGGAUGCUUCUCUCAUAAACAAACAUAUGGAGGCUACAAGUUGGGUAGAAGAAGCUAUAGUUAGAGUGGAGAAAGUAGUAGAGAUCCUGGAUGAAGCAAAGUCCAAAGCUUCACCUCCCGUGGAAAUUGGACUAAUUUCCGAGUUAGUCCAGAAGACUGAGGAUGCUCAGAAUUUUGUACCUGAAAAGGAUGGAACUAAUGAAAGCAGAGAGUUUGAUGAUGAUGAUGAUGAGGAUGAAUGGGGACAGAUGGAUGAGGAAGACAUCUUGGAAAUAAGGACAAUAGAGCGAACAGAGCCUCUGUGUAACAAGGAUAUUAAUAGAGAGGCAGUUAAAUUUUUUUUGGCAUUACUAUCCAAGGAGAGAAAUAUCAAUGUAGAGUACCAACAAAAUGGACUCAAUGUCAUUUCGGAUCUGAUAAUAGAAGCACAAAAUCAGGCACUUAUGAAACCAAUCCAGUUUGAGGAGGUUCGGAAGGCAGUCUUUAGUAUGGCGGGUGACAAAGCUCCGGGUGGUUUCCUAAUGUUUUUCUAUCAAACUUUAUGGGAUAUAAUAGGAAAGGAUGUUUGGGCAGUGGUGGAGGAGUCGUGGAGAAAGGCGAAUAUUGCAAAGGAACUAAAUUGCACGCUUCUAGUCCUUAUCCCCAAGGCAGAUCAUCCUACUUCUUUUAAUGAAUUUAGGCCAAUUUCAUUGUGUAACACCAUUUGUAAAGUGGUAGUGAAAGUGAUUUCAAAUUGGUUGAAGCCAAUUCUUAACCACAUUAUUUCAGAAGAACAGAGUGGCUUUGUCCUAGGUAGAUCGAUUGUUGGAGGAAUAAUAAUUGUACAUGAAGCUAUCCAUACAGUACGACAAGCAAAGGUGGAUCGAAUGUUGAUCAAACUAGAUAUCAGGAAAGCGUAUGACAUGGUGGAUUGA